AGCCCUGCCCGGACGGAUUACCGUCGGGUGGGGUAGGACGCAAUCCGCGUCCGAUAAAAAACCCUCUAUUCCUCGCUUCAUUUCAAAUUUCAAUUCCCGGCAAAAAAGCCCUCGAAAGCCAUGGAAGAAGAAGAUGAUGAUCUUCCCUUCGACAGCAACGCCUCCCAAGCGAUAAAAAGACUUCCUCUUCGGGGCAUGGAAUCUGUCAUUGCUACGGUCAGCGGCUACCAUGGAUUAGAGAAGUUUAAACUCAUCAAGCUCAUCACUCAAACCGGUGCUAGUUAUGUCGGGACAAUGUCUAAAUCGACGACACAUUUGGUAUGUUGGCAGUUUGAAGGAAGGAAAUAUAGUCUGGCUAAGGAUUUGGGAACAGAAAUAGUUAACCAUCUUUGGUUUGAGAAUUGCAUGAAGGAAGGGAAACGCGUUCCAGAGGGCCCACAUACCAUGCAGAGUGGGAAGCAAGUGGGCCCCUUGUUGUGGAAAGCGACAACUGUGGUAUAUGCUCCUGGUAAGAAAGGGCGCCUUUUGAUUGGAAAGGAAAAGAGAGUGUUGACUGAUCGGUCCAAUGCAUUGGAUGAUUCUAAUACCCGAGAGAUUGAUACAAGGUAUUUAGAUGUUGGAUGCUCGUCUUGGGUUGAUUCUCACUUGCUAAGACAGAAUUCUAUUACUAAACAGCCCAAUGAAUCUAGUUCCUACACUCUGUUUUCUUCAAGACACAAAAGGAGGGUGCUUGCUUCUGGUGGAAGCUCUACUUCAGCUGAACCUGUCUCUAGAAGACGCCGGCCCGUGAAAAAGAAUGCAUUCAACGAACUCUUGGAUUCUUCUGUUCUUUACUGUGAGAAAGAGCCUUCUGAAAUUGAUAUCAGCAACAGACUUCAUAAUGUCAGUGAUGCAUUGAAUGAUUCAAGUAAUGGGAAUGCAUUGCCACCCAAUAUAACAACAUUGGGAAAUAGUUCCAAAAAUUUUGAAGAAAACAGGAGCACAAGCCUGGAAGAAGUUGAAGACAUAGGAGAUCUUCCACAUAACUUGGGAAAUAGUAAUAAUAACGCUGUUCCUCCGCGGGAAACGACUUCCCAGAAUGGGGUUUGUGAUGCCGACGAGAAUAAGGAUGGAAAGAUGAAAGGAGAUAAUGACUUGGCAGAGGGAAUUGGUUUUCCUAUGGCAAUGGAAUUAUCAUGUGUUAUAUGCUGGACUGAUUUUAGUUCAACAAGGGGUGUUUUACCAUGUGGGCACCGUUUCUGUUAUUCAUGCAUCCAAAGCUGGGCUGAUCAAAUGGCUUCAAGGAGAAAGGUCUCAACAUGCCCUUUGUGCAAGGCUUCUUUUGUGAGCAUCACUAAGGUGGAAGGUGCUGCAUGUUCUGAUCAGAAAAUAUACUCGCAGACUCUGCCAUGCACCACUUCAAGUACGGACAUACUCAUGCUUGCUGAUAGAGAAUUCUGCAACUCUGACGGCUUUCAGCCCCCACCAUCGGUUUGUUACGAAUGCCGAAAUCGAGAACCAGAGGAUCUUCUGCUAAGCUGCCUUGUAUGCAGGAAUCAGUGGGUGCACUCUUACUGUUUGGACCCACCUCUGUUCCCGUGGACAUGCAUUCACUGCAGGGAUCAUCGGACGCUGUAUCAACGCUUCCGAUAGUAGCCUAUUCCUGCUGCUGCUGCUACUACCACUCUUGUGAUGUGCUAUAGGGCGACAACCUACAAAUGUGAGGAUUCCUUCAACUGCACUUCAUAAUCAAUUCCUUGACCCUCAUUCUGAAAAGUGGGCCCAUCGUUUGAUGAUCCGGAAUGCCGAUUUAUUGGGUUACAGUAUGGAUGAUCAUUUUGGGGGAUCCUAGCUGUCAAGUCUUCAGACUUUCUCAGUUGCAUGUGUACUGUUGCUUAAAUUUCUUUUUAAACCUUAAUCUGUUUAUUUGCAAGCUGCUAACUAGAGGGGUUAGGAUUGUUCCAUUGUGGAGAUACUUGGCACACUUGUCCACCUGUGGGGGCCCCAUCAGAUUAAUGAUCCGGAUCACUUAACUAGGGACCCCGCAUAUUUGAACCGAGGGCCGGAUGUUGCUGCCUGUCAUGUGGGCUGAGCAAUUAUGUAUUUGAUAAUCAGGUCAUGAGGUCUUCAGUUGCAUGUGGAUGUAGUAACACUAACACGCAAGAACUUUGGUACACAAGUGCCUUCCAUUGGUGGGGCCUAUGGCAGUUGCUUUCUUGUGCAAGUCUCACAGCUUUAUGUUGGUUGCAUAAACCUAAGGGGUACCGGUGCUACCAUAAGAUACGGUGGCCCCGGGCAGAUUUGGGGUCCGUGUGAUGUAUUCAUGA